GGAGGCGGGGCUAGCGUCAGAGUGGGGAAAGAGCACACAGAGCGAGCGGUGUCAGCUCAGCAGCGGCUCCGGCAGAGGGAGGAAUCAAGAGGGAUACUCGUUGGGCUGUGUUAUAUCAUUCGGCUUUCGGGAAUACUUUCAUUUUCCUCUCAGAAGAUAUGAAACGAGUUGUACGGUGUAGCAAAUUCCGUCACGUCUUUGGCCAGCCGGUGAAGAAUGACCAAUGCUACGAUGAUAUCCGGGUGUCAAGGGUCACAUGGGACAGCGCCCUCUGUACAGUCAAUCCCAAGUUUGUUGCCAUAAUCGUUGAAGCCAGUGGUGGUGGAGCUUUCCUCGUUCUCCCUCUUCAUAAGUCGGGACGCAUUGACAAAGCCUACCCCACAGUGUGUGGACACAAAGGCCCGGUGUUGGACAUUGAGUGGUGCCCCCACAAUGAUCAGGUCAUCGCCAGCGGCUCUGAGGACUGCACAGUGAUGGUGUGGCUGAUUCCUGAGAAUGGCCUUGUCACUCCCAUGUCUGAGCCAGUAGGGGUACUGGAGGGACAUUCCAAGCGUGUUGGCAUCGUCACAUGGCACCCAACAGCACACAAUGUCCUCCUUAGUGCAGGUUGUGACAACCAGAUCAUCAUCUGGAACGUGGGCACAUGUGAGGCUAUGAUCACCCUUGAGGACAUGCACCCUGACAUCAUUUACAGCGUCUGCUGGAACCGCAACGGUAGCCAGAUCGUCACCUCCUGCAAGGACAAGGCCAUCCGUGUCAUCGACCCCCGCAAGGAGAUGAUUAUUGCUGAGAAGGAAAAGGCACAUGAAGGCGCCCGACCCAUGAGGGCCAUCUUCCUUUCUGAUGGCAACGUCCUCACCACAGGCUUCAGUCGCAUGAGUGAGAGACAGCUCGCUCUCUGGAACCCGAGUAACAUGGAGGAGGCCAUAACUGUUCAUGAGAUGGACACCAGCAACGGAGUGCUCCUGCCCUUCUAUGACGCAGACACCAAUGUUGUUUACCUCUGUGGGAAGGGUGACAGCAGCAUCCGUUACUUUGAAAUCACGGAUGAGUGUCCAUAUGUUCACUACCUCAACACCUUCGGCUCCAAGGAGCCCCAAAGGGGAAUGGGCUACAUGCCAAAGAGGGGCCUCGACGUCAACAAGUGUGAAAUUGCGAGGUUCUAUAAACUGCACGAAAGGAAGUGUGAGCCCAUCGUGAUGACUGUACCCAGAAAGUCUGACCUGUUUCAGGAUGACUUGUACCCGGACACAGCUGGACCUGAGCCCGCCCUGGAAGCUGAGGAGUGGUUUGAUGGUAAGAAUGGAGACCCCAUCCUCAUCUCCCUGAAGAACGGCUACGUCCCGGUCAAGAAUCGCGAAUUCAAGGUGGUCAAAAAGAACAUUUUGGACAGCAAGGUGACCAAGAACUCAGAGAACUCGAGCCCUGCCAACAAGUCUGCCUCCCCGACUCCAUCGAUUAAAUCUGAAGCGAAGCUGGAGGAGAUCUUGAAAGAAAUCAAAUCCCUCAAGGACCUGGUCAGCAGUCAGGAGAAGCGAAUCAUCACACUUGAAGAGCAAAUGUCCAAAAUUGCCAUUUAGGGACCCUUUACCCAACCCGCUACAAUUCAGGACGUUCCAUUGGCUGGGGGGAGGGCGGGACCAGUCACUGCCUAUCUCAAUGACAGUGUUUCGUCUGAGGCCUGCCUAGCAACGAUCCCUAGCAACAUUCCAGAUGAACUUUUUCUUAGCGAGCCCCCGACCCUCACUUUAACACAGGUGGAAUAAGGACGUGUGGCAAAUUUAGCAGAAAAUACUCUUUGCUUUUUGGUGACAAAGGACUUCUUCCCUUUUAUUGUGUGGCAGCCAUUUUUUUUUAUUACAUAUCUUACAUAUUCCUUUGCAUUUUAGAAAUAUGACCAAUAAAAUUCGGUGGUGAUUGUCCACAUUUGUUUUUUUUUUUUUUUUAUGUAAGAAUCAGUGUUUCCUGUUUCAGUACCCAAAAAUUAUGAUGUUGCCAAAUUUUGAAAUUUUGUUUACGCCUCCUGAACAGUAUUUCAUUCUCUCUCACUUCGUGGGAAGAUUCAAAAUGCAAGCAGGGAUGGAGGUGCAGCAGAGUGGUUAUAGAAGGAGGAGGAGGAGAAUUUCAUCAGUUUACCAUGAAAAAAAUACUUUCAAUCAGAUAGUUAUGCGAGGAGGAUCCAAAUCUCUGUAAUUAGGAGCAAAUAAAUUCUGAUUGAAGACCCAUUUAGCUGCCACAGUCUGCACCACGCCCCCCAGACAUUAAUGACAUGUCUAGCUGUCUGUGUUGAAGCUGCACAAACUAACACCUGCUUUCUGCCAUUUUCUUUUCAUUCCUGCUGCUUCCUGUCAUUCUGACUGUGGACAGUAAUCCACGUAAACAUGCAUUCCUCUCUAUUGUGCUUCGUUAACAUGCACUGUGUGCUUAUUGGAGUAAAUGACAAACACAUUCCAUAAAUCUUUUUGGCAGUGUGGAGAAGAAGAAAAAAAAAAUGCUUCUAUAAAGUUCCUCUGCUUGUAAACACUCUACCGUAGUGACUCAGUUACACUGGUCGGUUGUUGUUGUGACAUUUACGCGCUGCCCAUGAAAACUCUGUGGAUUCUCAACCUCAGCUCUACUUUGUUUUUGUGAGAGGUUCGGUCAACAACCUCAGCGUUCCGCUCCACACACAAGUGCAGUCAAGUGUCGUGUGAUUAUUUUUUGUCGCUGUUCCUGUCGCGUUGUGCGCCGUUUCAGAUCCGUGAUUUCUAUCCAAAACAAAGCAGGAAUAGAUAUGAAAUGACACCAAGUAAUCGCACAUUGUCUUGACUAUUUGAAACCAUCUGGUGAUCAAACUGGAGUUCGCUACAGAAGCUGUUCAUGACCUCAGUGGACUAGAUUGUGUGUGAAUAUGUGCCUCAUGUCUGUGGUCUCUUAGGUCCCUGUCACUUUGGGUGUUCCUGCUUUGUUUCUUUUUGGGAAGGGGGGGCGUUUAAGAAAUGGACUCGCUGUAGAACGUCCAAGACUUUCUGCCUCUAACUUGGAUGAACUGAAUAGUUGGGUUAUUGCUUUACUGUUAAUUUGAGCCUGUUUCUUGUUCCAGCUGUGCUUAAAUCCCUCUUAGUACUUCCACUUCUUGUUUUUGUUUUUGUUUUUGUUUUGUUUUUUUUAAUCUAAGAUGCCCCUGUUCAGUACAUGAAAAUCAAAGAACCAUUGAAUUGUCCGAUCUGAGGUGUUCUGAUCAGACGGCCGUGAUUCAAAGCUCUUCCUGAUGUUUUUAGAUUUGUUUCCCAGUGGGAAGCUGAGACGGGUAAAUGGUUCAGUCUGUUGUUUUGCCUUCAAUAUUUGUUACCACUGUAAAGACCUGAAAGUGCCAUUGAGGUGACCAUGGAAGUGUUUUUGUAGGGGGACUGUUGUGUGAGUAGAUUUGUGUAGUAAAUGGAAGAGUUGGUAGGUGCCCAGAUUAAAAAAAACCACUUCGAGGUGCUAAACGCUGUGUUCAAGGUCACUGUAUGUACCGUGAAGUCCUGCCAGUCCAUCCCACAAUACACCAGGCAGCGUUACUGCUCGCAGGGGGGAGAUAUUGUGACUCUCUCCACCUCGGUACGGGUAUUUAAAAAAAAAAAAAAAAAAAAAAACAUCGUCCAAAAUGAUGUCAAACCGAGAAGCUGUCUAGCCUUUUAGAGCGGCUUCCAGGUAAAAGUCGUAGAGUAUUACUGCGAGGUAAUCUACAUCGUGCGUCUGACACAAAUUAUACUGCCCUAACUUGUUUAUCAGACUGCCGCUCUAUGGAUUUCUUUUAUAGCACUGUUGGCACGAGAGAGAGAGAGAGAGAGAGUUUUGAAGAGUAGUAGAGAAUAGCGAUCCAAAGGGACACUGUAGGUUGGAGACGUGUGCAGUUGAAAGAUAGAUGUAUGUUUGUAAUUAAGGUCUAGACAAAUGAGUGAAAGCUGUGUAAAUAACAUGACCAUAUUUUCUAUUUCUUUCUUUCUUUUUUUCUUUUUGUUCUGUGGUUGUGCUGAAGAGGGUCUUUGUAUGGGAGGUGGGUUUUAAAAAAAAAAAAAAAAAAAAUUCCCCUUGUCUGUGUUCCCUGCACCUUUGCCAUAACGCAUCAUGAGAAAAGCAGAACUUCUGUUGUGGAGGUCGAACGAAUUAUCGAGAAAGAAGAUAAAUCGGAUGAAAACGAACCGGGAUGAAACCUCGUGUGGAGGUCUGCUCAGCAUUUUUGUUCAUUAUUCUUGCUUCAAGUAUCAAACAUUGAUUAUAAGAAAAAUUAAUAAAGAAUUUUUAAAAUGGG